GAAAGGCCAAUAAGUCGCAAAGACCAUCUUCUUUUAUAUCUUGCAUGUUCCAGACACAUUUCACGGAGAGAAGCAUUUUCUUUUUGCAUAGACACCAUCUGCAGUUUGAGGCGGUUCACAUCUUCCACAACACUUUUAACAGCAGCUGUAUUUGUAUCAACAGAUUCUUUAACUUGUUUAACUGCAUCUGUGAUCUCUUGCAGUUGAAACUCAUAUCCUUUCAGAUAUUCGCUUUGAGUGUCAAACUUGGUUGUCAGGGUUUGAAUCGCGUUAAAGAGGACACUGUUGGAUAUUUCCUCCUUGCGUUCUUGUGGAGCAUUCUUUUUAAUCUUUUUAGGGUUUGGGCUUUUUACCGGUGUGUGGUGUCUGUUGACUCUCGUUUGAUCUUGUGAGAUGUCUUCCUGUUCCUCCAUCCAUUCAACUUCUCCCUCGCUGCACGUCUGUCCUGAAGCCACUAGAUGGUACUCAUGGUCUUUGCUAGUGUUAGCCAUUUCUUCACGUCGAAGUUUGAAAAAUAUAACGAAAACAGUGGUAAACAAACCUCUUUCAAGCUGAAUCGGUUUGAGAGUUCUUUGCUGGUAUUUUCUUUAGCUUUGGUUGAACUUGUCAUAUAGAAAGAGUUAUUAUUUCAGGUAAAGCGUCGGAGCCCCGAAAAAAGUAACCGCUUAUUCCGCCAUCUUGGUAACACCCCAGUAUUUUUCUUCUCUGCAUCCUCGCUUGGACAUUUGUCCAGCCUGGUGAACUUCCGGAGGACGUGGAACGCGCCUUCCCUCCCCUUCCCAUCAUCCUUUGCAGCGCGGACGGAAGCCGUCUUUUGGCGCGGUGUCGUCCAUCUUGCGGUCCAUUUCGUGCUAGGGUCCCCUUGAUUCCGCCGCUCUCGUGUCGAGAUCCCUCCGCUGGUUCGGCAGACGGGUCCAGGUUCGGUGAAGCAGACGCAGCUCGGUUAUGGCGGCGGUUAGCAUGACUCCCAGCCGAGAUACGGGUCGGUCGGCGGCCUCCACGCCGCUUUCGCCGACCCGUAUCUCCCGGCUGCAGGAGAAGCAGGACCUGCAGCAGCUCAACGACCGGCUGGCCGUCUACAUCGAGCGGGUGCGGGCGCUGGAGCUUGAGAAUGACCGGCUGAUGGUGAAGGUGUCUGAGAAGGAGGAGGUGACCACGAGGGAGGUGACGGGCCUGAAGGCGCUGUACGAGGCGGAGCUGGCUGACUUACGCCGGGUUUUGGAUGAAACCGCCAAAGAGAGGGCUCGGCUCCAAAUCGACCUGGGGAAGGCUCAGGCGGACCUGGAGGAGGCCACGCGCAGCGCCAAGAAGAAGGAGGCUGACCUGGCUGCCGCCGUGUCCCGGGCCAACAGUCUGGAAGGUCAGCUGCACAAAAGCGAGGCUGCUCUAAGCACCGCCCUGAGCCAGAGCGCCGCGCUGACCUCAGAGCUCGGCGAGGUCAAGAGCCUGUUGGCCAAGGCGGAGGAUGGCCAUGCCGUUGCUAAGCGCCAGCUGGAGGCGGAGACUCUGAUGCGUGUGGACCUGGAGAACCGCUGUCAGUCUCUGAGUGAGGAUCUGGACUUCAGGAGGAACAUGUUCGAUGAGGAGAUGCGGGAGUCUCGCCGUCACCAGGAGCAGCGGAUCGUAGAGGUGGACUCUGGAGCCCGACAGGAGUACGAGUUUAAACUGACCCAGGCUUUACAGGACCUGAGGAAGCAACACGACGAGCAGGUCUCCUUCUACAAGGAGGAGCUGGAGAAGACCUUCCAGGCCAAGCUGGAAAAUGCUCACGUUUCCUCUGAGAUGAGCAAUGCAGCCAUGGAUGCUGCAAGGGAGGAGCUUCAGGAGUCGCGCUCCAGGAUCGAGAGCUUGAGCUACCAGCUGAGCAGCCUGCAGAAGCAGGUGGGAACCUCAGAGGAUCGGAUCAGGGAGCUGGAGGAGAUCCUGUCGGCCGAGCGGGACCGGCACCGCCGGGCCAUGGAGAGGAAGGAGCAGGAGAUGAGCGAGCUGAGGGAGGGCAUGGACGCUCAGCUGAGCGAGUACCAGGAGCUGCUGGACGUGAAGCUGGCUCUGGACGUGGAGAUCAACGCCUACAGGAAGCUGCUGGAGGGAGAGGAGCACCGGCUCAAACUCUCCCCCAGUCCCUCGGCCCGCGUGACGGUCUCCAGAGUGACGGGAUCUUCCUCCUCCCGCUCCACCAAGAGAAAGUGGUCGGAGGUGGAGGCCCAGGAGGAGGCGGGGCAAGCAGAGGAGCAGCUGCUGGUGUCAGAGGAGGCCACGUCCACCGGAUCUGUCAGCAUCUGUCCUACAGACAUGGACGGAACCUCUGUGAAGCUCACCAAUGAAACGGAUCAGGACCAGCCUUUGGGCAGCUGGAGGCUGAGGAGACAGGUGGACAACGGUGAGGAGGUGGUCUACAAGUUCUCCCCCAAGUUCGUGCUGAAGGCUGGGCAGUCGGUCACGGUGUGGUCUGCUGACGCGGGCAAGCCCCACAACCCGCCCUCCGAGCUGCUGUGGAAGAGCCAGGCCUCCUGGGGGACGGGAAGCACCAUCGUCACUUCUCUGAUCGAUUCCAGUGGCGAGGAGGUGGCCAGGAGGUGUGCUACUAGGACUCAGGUGGAAAUGGAGAAUGGCGAGGAGGAGGACAGCGAGUCAACUGUGACUCAGAGGGGCCGGGUCUCCUCCAGAGAGUGCUGCGUCAUGUGAGGCUCCUGCAGCUCCUCCUCCAGGAGCCUCUCCGGCCGCUCCUCGUAGUUGUGUGGUUGCAAACGCUCUUGUCAGUUUAGGAACCAUGGACCUGUCCAUGUGGCAGAGAGCGCCUCCUGUAGGUCUGCAGAGAAACUAGAGUUCAGCCGAUCAUUCCCAUCAUCUCCUGACGGACCCUGGUGGACCUCCAGUCUGAACCCGGUUCAGUCCGGAACCACCCUGGUGGUCUUUGGGAUUCUGCAGGCAGGCUCACUUUCAUUUUGGACCUCUCUUCUCCUGCUGAGAACCAGAACCACGGUCCACAGGGAGUCUGGCUCAGAGAGCUGCUUGCUCCUUCAUACGGGUCAGAACCAGCCACGGUUUGAACAUGAGUGAGUCUGCCUGUAGAGGCUUUUCAGACUCCGAGGAGCAGACCUUGAGCCUAAACCUUUUUAUUGUGGUCCCUUGAUUGUGUAAAGGUGAGGUUCUGGUUCUGCUCUGAUUCUCACACGACUCCAAAUGUAAACCAGAAAGGCCUUUAGGACCUGGAGGUCACAGAGUUAAAGCUGCUGACUUUCCCUUCCUUUUGGACCCAGAAGCUGGGCCUUAGAAGCCUCCUCCCUGAAAAGAGCUCACAUUUGAUGGGCUUGGUUCUGAUUCAUCUGAAUGGGCCAGUCAUAUGGAUCAGAACCAUCGGGCUGUCCUUCUGUCAGCAAUUCUCCAGCGGCCUUGCAGGACCCCAUGUGUCUCUUCACGGCGGUUCUUGGUGUGAACAUUAAAAUUGUCUGGAUGACCCGGUCUGAAGACCUGUAGGACCAGAUCUCCUGCAGGAUCAUUGCAGGACCCACCAAAUUGGAUCUGCCCUGGCCAAGACGACUGGUCAUGAGUUUUAUGGUGCCUUUGGUGAUCUGCUAUCGGGUCGGCCGUGUUAUCUGGCAGAAUUUCUGGGUCAACAUCCAGAACCGUGUCCGGGCUCUGUGUGAAGUUUAAGGAUUAGACUGAUCAAAGGUGUCCAGGAUCACAGGGACGGACUGGGCCAGGUUGGAUCCACACAGACAUUUCACAAGACUGCUUUGGACUCUCUUGAUUCCGUAGGUCCAGGCCGCUCUUGAUUUUCUGAACUGUCGGGUCCGGCUGCUUUAAAAGCUUUAAAAAAAAAAGUACUGACAAAGUGUUCAGGUCCUCUGGGGUUCUGAUUAGAACCACAGUGUUCUGGAGCUGGUGGGAAUUUCGGUGCAACUCAUUUUCUCGUAUUUUCAUUACUAGUUAUUUUAGUUACCUGUAACCUGUGUGUUAACUGUAGGGGUAUGUGGGGGGAAGGGGGGUUUGAAAAGACACACUACGCGGUCCAUCAGAACCAGUGUUGAUGAAAAGAGAACAACCUGCUGCAGAGGUCCUGAGCGAACCGGACCUGCCGGCCCGGUUCAGCUGCAGCAUGUGACCCGUUCUUCUGGGAACUUUUUAUUAUUAUUAUUAUUGCUGAAUUUUAACAGGGUGGCGUUUUUUUCUUGUGAGGAUUCCUCCAUGAAAACUCGCCCGCCAACUUUUCUACACAAAUAAAGACUUUACACAAA